AUGUGCCACAAACUCCAGUUCUCCCGGAGUUUUUCGACACCUCAGCCGGUGUCUGUGUUGUUUCCAGCACACUGUUUUAUCAUUCCGCGCUCUCCUCGGUUCACCGCUGCCUCUCGUGAGCGCAACACCCGCUCUACCGGAGUGUUCAAGUGUCGCAGUGUGACCGCGGCGCAGUCCCGUCUGGACCCGGCUCCGUCCGGCUCAGCUCGGAUCACCGACACCGCGGUGCCUCGCGCGCAGCAGCAGCUCGAAGAUGAGCAGCACCGGGCUCGAGGGAGUCGGGCAUUUCCCUCACGUGCUCAUGACUCCUGCAUGGGGCGCUGUGACGACGACAUGAACAGUGACUUCACCUGUCAGUGUAACACGGCAUGUAAGAGGUUUGGAGACUGCUGCUUCGACUACAAUGAAGUCUGCAAAUCCUCGUUCUCCUGUAAGAGUCGCUGUGGUGAAGCCUACAACUCUCAGAAUGAAUGUCACUGUAACUCCAAGUGCAGCCAGUACGACAACUGCUGCUCCGACUACAACGAUGUGUGUGGAGCAUCGGGCAGUUCUGUCACUGACGCUGAAAUUAAGUCUGUGUCUGAGGCUCUUUAUGCUCUGGACUCAAACAAAGCGUCAGGAUCUCAGCUCAUCAUCGACCCUCAAACCUUGAUCUCCAACUCCGAGACGGGCGCUCAGACCGACCACGCCUCUUCUAGUCUGUUCCGUUACGUGGACGAGGGCGCUCUCUUCUCCAGACCCACAUACGCCGCCCUGCUGGCCUUACUGGAUAACUACAGGAGGAUGACUGGGCAGACGGAGAGCUUCACCCAGCAGCAGCUUCAGGAGCAGGAUCACUUUGUGAGAGAGACCAUGUCCAACACCGCAGUGGGCAGGGAGCUCUUCAGUUUCCUCCAUAGUAAAGGCAUCUACUCUUCAGAGGAGGAGUUCAUUGAGGACCUGAAGAACAUGUGGUUUGGACUUUACUCUCGCAGCAGCGGAGCCAAGGACUCCUGUGGCUUCGAGCACAUCUUUGCAGGUGAAGUGAAAAAAGGAAAAGUGUCUGGUUUUCAUAACUGGAUCCAGUUUUACCUCCUGGAGAAAGAAGGACAGCUCAACUAUUACAGCCACAGCUUCGACGGGCCGUGGCUUUCGUACCCGGACGUGCUGGGCAUGCAGUUUAACUGGGACGGCUACUAUAAACAGGUGGGCUCUGCUAUCAUCGGCUGCAGUCCUGAGUUUGACUUCGCAAUCUACAGUCUCUGCUACAUCACACGUCCUGGGAAAAUAUGUUAUCUGAGUCUGGGAGGAAAGGAGGUCCAGAUCCAGACGUACGCAUGGGACAACUCCUCCUACGGAAACGGAAAGAAGUACAUCGCUUCUGCGUACCCGGCCUAGCCAUGAGCAGCCACUCACGUACAGCCAAUCACGAGCAGCCAAUCACGUGCAGCCACUCACGAGCGGCCAAUCAUGUGCAGCCAUACUCGGCAUGGAGGGAAUA